AUAAGAGCUGUCAUGUGAGGACUGUACUUUACUCCUCUCACAGAGAAAACUACAGGCUUCAACGCAUUCUACACAAUGGAGUUGAGUUUCAGUUCUCUGUUGGCUUUGAUUCUCUUCUGGGAUUCUCUGUGUGUCCAAUCUGAGACCGCAGCACACAGAAACUCCAGAGAGUCGCUGCAGACUGUGAUGAACUCUCAAAUAAACCGUCUGCAGGUCAGACCUGAAAACUCUGUUCACAUUCAUCCAGGACAAAAGCUGACGCUUCGGUGCCAAAGUGAAGGAGAUGAAGUGCUGGUGCAGUUCUGGCAGACACCUUUCGGUCAGUUUGACAGCUGUAACCACCAAAACAAAGACCCAGUGUACACAUGCAAUGGCACUCUGAAGAUUUCAAGAGCCACAUCCAGCCAUGAUGGACUCUAUUACUGUGUCCAUCUGGACAAGAUGAGCAAAACAAUCGUGCCUUAUAGAGUUAAUGUAGUUGCACGGCAGAGGAAGACCAGGGAGGCAGGGGUUUACAGCGACACGGUGUCAGAAAGUCAUUUCGCGGCGGCUGUGGCAUCAUCAGUAAUCGUGAGUUUUUCAGUGGCCUUCACACUCGGUGCAUUCAGCAGAUCCUACGUGAUGAAGUGCCUACGAACGAUAAGGGCCCGCAUGCCUCAUAGAAAAGUCCAUCACAAUCACAUCAACGGACAAACCACCAGAGCACAAACUGACACAGUGUUCUUCCAUAAAAACCAAACCGCUGGAGGAGACGCUGUGGACACUGGUUUGGUUGAUCGGGAACGCAUGGAUGUCGAUGACGCGGACGCUAUCAGAAAUGAUAUAAACGAGUCAAAUGAGCCUCAAACUUGUGAAGGAGAAGAACAACCCCCACGGUUGAGAUCAGCAGCUAGCCCACAUCCAAAGAAGAAGAUCCGCGUCAUUAAAGUCUACAACUUUGAUGAAGAAGGGUCUCCAUACAGCCAUAUCAAAGACUCAGGGACGGAGGGUGGAGACGAGGUCAGGCCCAAACUGAGGACGAAGUCACUGACGCGACUCAAUGCCAUCAUGAAACAGGCUGAAGCUCUUAACAUCAACCCAGACAGAGAGCAGACUGACGUCCAGACGAUUCAAGAGGACGCUCCUUCACAUGAAGACAGUGUUUCAGCUUCAGCAGGAGACACCGGAGACUCACAAACAGGCCGAGGGACACAUUUAUGACACAAUGGAAGACAUCACUGAAGACACCUUUGACAAAUUUGUAGUUAGGCCAGGCUGAUCUGUCAUUCAGCUUUUUAUUUUUUACUCACUAGUCUUAAUCAAGUGUACAUUUAAAUUCAGCUAUUCCCAUUGAUGUGUGGUUUGUUAGGAGGACAAUAUUUGUCUGAGAUACAACUAUUUGAAAAUCUGGAAUCUGAGGGAGCAAAAAAAUCUAAAUAUUGAGAAAAUCAUCUUUAAAGUUGUCCAAAUG